AAUCAAAAUCAACCUAUUUUGUUAGUUAACACUUUUUUCUGAGACUUCUCCCCAAAAUUACCCAUUGCCGUGUCAACAUUUAUAGGAUCCAGUUUCUCCGGAGGAAGGACGUGUCUUAAUGUCCCCCCCUCACGCCGGUGAUCUGCAUACUCAAUCAGGAAGGGAAGUCAGCUGUCACAUACAGUCUUUGGCUAGCGUGUGUCAUAGACACAGACACACCAGGUUCAGUGUACAGGUAGAGCGCAGUCAGGUUGUGAGAGAGCUGACGGGGCCCAGUGUACCUGGUUAUUAUGAGUAAUCCGCAGGUAUAGGUACAAUAGCCCUUCAGUUGACGUCGCGGUGAAGGGGGAACUGAGCUCGUUACGAGACUUAUGCAUUCUGACAUGCAUGACCGUAAAAUUGUCACCAAGUCGCAGUCCAGCUGAACGCUUGCCCAUUACGUGCACACGGAGCACGCUGUCAGAAAGAGCACGGCCGGAAUAUAGACACUUUUUAAGUUGACAUUUAAAAGGGCGCUGAGAAGCCACGGUGCGAAUUACAUGUACAAGGGCGACAGAGAACUUUGCAAAUAGCUUGAGGUUUCUGCGAGGAAGGUCGCUGAACUGGGUUGUUCUCUCAAUAAUUCCCUGAUCCAUAUCCUAGUGGCGUUUAUCGUGGAUUAUGUAUGCAGUGUUGAUGGUAUCUUCUGGCGGAGGCCUGUGAACACUUGAAAUGAAGUGAUUAGGACACGGGAUAUGUCGGGGAGAAAGGCCCAGUGGGCAUCAGUUUCAGGUAACGACACAAACAUAGACUCCGACUAAAGUUUACCUCUGUUAAAAUACCUGUCCAUUACCUGUACAUCGGGACCUGUAACCAGUUAGGGCGGCGAGGCCAAGGUAUUGCCUGUUACAUAGUCGUACGUGUUUGACUGGGACUGUGAUAGUACAUAUGGUACCACCACUAGAAGGACGGAAUGGAUGACGAGGAUGAUUUGAGGAAUUCAUCGGGGAACGUGUCAGGGGAUGAAGAAGAUGCGGCGGUGAAGCGAGGGGACAGAGACCACUCACAGACACGGCGUCCCUCUGUUGAUGGCGAGGAGGGUUCUGAGGACGCAGAGCCGUACUUUGAAUGGGCGGACGAAGCAGUUGACGCCCGCCUGUUUCUGUUCCAACAUCAGCUGCCUCAAGUGGUAAAACUGAGCAGUGGUUUGUACAGUAACCUUGGCGAGAAGACCACUCUCAACUCCCAGCAGCCGUUCCUGCUGUAUUCUGCUCGCAGAGGGACCAAAGUUUUCGCCAGUAAUCUACACUGGGACGAGGAGAGAGCAGAACAUAAGAGAGAUGGGCCAGCUCUUGUCAUCCCUGUCAACUAUCAAGGUUGGUUCGAAAUAGUGCCAGAGGAAGGAACGCCCGUAGAAAUCUACGACACGGUGGAACAGAUAGCUGCCGUCAGCCCCAAGCGUUUCCUGGUUCGGAGUGCCACGCCCGCUUUUACUCUUCACCAGGACUUAAAUCACCGAGUGUGGGUGCGCGGCAUGAUUCCAGCCGGGGAGGUGAUGACAGUGUACAACAUCCACACCAUCGAGAGGAACCAGUCCAAGGAGAAACGAAAUAAAGGGAAAUGUUGCUUAAAGUUGGCAAGAUUUGUCAGACGAAUGAAGAAAAAUAAUUCAAAAUCAUCCUCCCUAGAGCCUGAUAAAGUGGAUAAAUAUCUUCAGUGCAUGGAUGCUAGCGGGAAGGAGUAUACAAUUGCGUUUGGUCAAAGUGGGCUUUUCAGUCCCAUUGGAGAACCUCACAUCAAAUCUACGGACUGUGUUUACCAACUCUCCUCCAUUGUACGACAUAUGGAGUUACCCCUUACUCUUCAUUUAGUUUACGGAGAACCGCCGAUCACCCCGUGUUCCUUCAGUCGAUAUCUACGGCUGGAGGAGAUUUAUAAUGACGAAACUAUUAUCGCUUGUACUAUGAACAACGAGCAUAAUGUCAUGUUGGAAGUUUCUGUCGAUUCCAGAGUAAAAUUCGUAGGAGCCACAAACUACCAGGCAUACAAGGAAUUUCCCAUAUAUAGAGAAAUACUUCGUCAGUGUGAUGAGAAAAUUGACACUUUUGCUUCAUCCAUCAAUGUUACACAAACUGCUUACACACCCAAAAAUCCGUCGACAAAUAAAACGCGACGAGAACCAACGUUGUCUGUAGAGGCAGACGUAGAGAGAGGGCAAUUCGAACACGAAACGAAUGAACAAAGCAAUGGCUCCGAGCGCAGUUCAGCUUGCAGCACGCCUACACCUGAGAGUCGUGACACCGGCCCGGCCUCGUGUGGAAGCUCCUCAGACGGCCUCGAGGAGAACAGUGGUGAAAGUCAAGCAGAGGAGCAUGGAUUAGUACGGGCUGUACCCGUGUUUAUACAAGACCAUGAUGAAGAAUCAGCAGACGCCCAACCCAUUGCAACCAAACCCAACGCCACCCAACCAGCUUCUUUAAAUGGAGGCAAUGACAUAGACAGUGAAGACACCAUGAAAGAAGAAAGUAGUUUGGAUGAGUCAGAUGAUAAUACAAUUAUAUUUGAUAUGUCACAUAAUCAAAAUCCAUCCUCUGUUGGGAAAACGGACACGGUACCCGAACUUCCCAAGCGCCAUUUUGACGAUAGACCGAAAUUAGGCGCAAUUGGUCGUCACAACUCGGCCCCAGUUUUUACAAGCAAUAGCGAUUUAAAGAUUGCAGAUAUACAAAAACGGCCUUUACCAAACCCUAUCGAAGAGGCCAAACAAAACAAACAUCCGCAAGGAUCCGAAGAUUCAUCCGGUGGCUCAGGGGGGUCAGGAUCUGGUUCAUAUAGGUCACGUGGUUCAAAGACUGGAAGCAACCACGAAUCGGACUAUGAUCCAGAUUACGAUGAAAUUCCAGGAUCCGUUAAAAUUGAAGAUGAUGAGGGUUACCUGAUGCCCCAUAGCAAACGAUCCCAGAGAAAGAGUCACAAAACACAGAGAAACUCCAGCAGACUUGGUCGAACCCGUGAGGACCAAGUAUUGCGCGAGAUAGACGAGAUGUUCAACUUGGAUGAGCUGUCUGAUGGCAGCAGCAGCGCCGCCGAGGGACGGUCUCCUCGGUUUGCCGACCAAGUUGGUCACCACAGUUGCUCUCGUUGCCAACACCAUUCCUAUGACUACGAUCUACGGUAUGGUCAGAUGAGCCGCACCCCCAACCCGUACCAAAGGGGAGGGCGACAGUGUCCGUACGACCACGAAUACCGCUGGGAGAACUACGCUGCCGACAUGCCGUGGUUUGAUCCACGUUUCCAAAACGACCGAGUCAUGGGAGGAACUAUGAGGGUGAAAAAACAGAACAGGUCACGUGAGAUGUUAGCGGACAGGCAGUUUCAGUUGAACCCCAAUGCUACGGUGCGCAAGCAUAAUUUUAAACGUAUAGCUCUAGCAGAGGCGCCUUGGAACGAAAUUCGGGAAGAUUUGCACCGUAGCCGUGACCAGCUCCAUAUGCUUUUUGCUAAAGGCGUUAAACCCCAGCAAAUGGCACAUCAUAUAGAAUCGGAUGAUUCACAAGAACCUGUCUAUGAUGACAUUUUGAGUGGAAGUGAUCGAGACAAGCCUGGUCGGCUGAGGAAACCAAAAGGAUAUAACCGUAGUCAGAGUUGGGAUGUUUUCAGUAAGAUGGCCCCGGAGAUGUCGCCUGGUCAGCGGCGGCAAAGGAAGAGUAGUUUGCCUUCUUCGCGACACCUUUCGUUUCGUUCAGAUUCGGGAAUCUCCGUCGGAGGUUACCCGGAUGUACCCCUGACAUACGCUACCAAUUUUGAUGACGAUGUCCUAAAUAGGUCGUGUCCUGGGGGUCUACCCAACGAUGACGAUUUUGUCCCCCCUCGUAACCUGGCGCCCCUCUCAGUGCAAGAUGUCUGCAGGUCUCUGCGCUACAUCGGCAUGAAGCCCCCGGUCAUCCAGGACUUUCUGGACCAGUCCAUUGACGGUAAGAUGCUGAUUGACUUGGACGAAGAUGACCUGAAUGAAGGGUUUCCACAUCUCAAUGCCCUUGAAAGGAAAAAGAUCGUGAAGUUUAUUAGAGGAUGGAGACCGGUGAAAGAUUAAGAAUACUUCAUAUCCUCUCUAGUCUACAAUAGUUGUUGUGAUUGGAGAAAAAUUGCCAAUAUAACAAUUAUGCGAAUAUUAUUGCAUUACAACGUUUGGUGAUUAAUUGCCAGUGUUUCGAGCUACGAACCAUUUCGAAGCAUCCCAUCGUUUAUCGCUAGCGUUUAGCAAGAACUGUCGGUUUUUACGUAUUUCUGCACAGCUUCUGCAAGGUGUAAUUUCACCUUAUUGGAGCACGUUUGUUUAAGAAGGUGCAACAUCAGUCUUCGAGUGACUGCAUGCGCAUUUUUACAUGAGAACAUUUACAGUUUAAACAAGUUUUGCUGUGUUGUUUCAGUAGCCUAAUGAGGCUUUGAUUCGAUUGGGAGAAAUCUUGGAUACAUUAAAGUGACUCAAAAUUAAAAAACAAAAUCAAAAAUUUAUGCUGUAAACCACAUGUUGUAUACACUCGAUCCAAAGGUGAAAGAUAUCCCAUAAUUUAUUUAGCGAUGUAAAAUAUACUCAUAAAAGGAGCCUCUAACAAUGUCACGUUUAUAUUAGUCCUGCACGUAAACUGGUUUAAUAAUUGUUACAUUUGUUUUAUUGUUAUGCUUUAUUUUCACAUAAGCUGGUUAAAUUUGUGUUGUAAUAUUAGAAUGGAGCUGUAAAAAGUAAUCUGUUACAAUAAAAGUUCAUUAUGA